CAGGAGAGGCUUUCUGAUGAACAAAUUGAAGGUAAUGUCAGUAGCAGUAAGCCGGCCCCAGCCCUCUCCCUUCCUUUAUCUCAUAUGAGCCCUGGACAACGAGUUAGAUUAUCAGGUUAUGUACAAGUUGCUGGUUUGUACAUGACGUCAUGGCGGCCAUGUUGAUGGUCAAGAACAAAAGCAUUUCUUUCCUCUGGGAACUAAACUCUAUUUUCAUAUAAAUUUUUUGAGAAAAAAUUCUACUGUAUUGACCCCCAACAUGGGCACCUUGUCACGUGGUUGCAAACCAAGAAUACGUCCUUUUCGUCAAAUGAACUCUCAGCCAAUCAAAGCAGUGAAGAAAUUCGAAGAGUGGAGUAUAAGAUCAGUGAAGUUUUUAAGAUUUCAUCAAGAUAAUAUUAAGAAAGGAUUUAACAGGGAUUAGGCAGAGAUAAGUCACGAUUGGGAAAAUAGUUUUAAGUGUGUGAAAGUCUGCCUUGAGGUCGUUUGUACUGUCAUGAUGCCAAUAAACAUUUGCCAUUCACUUAGAAUACAAGGACGCCUUCUCGUUGUUCGAUCGAGAUCAGAAUGGCAUUAUCACAACGCGAGAACUUGGUGCCAUAAUGAGAUCCUUGGGAUUCAACCCGACUGAAGAGGAAUUACAGACGAUGAUCAACGAGGUCGAUUAUGAUGGUGAGUGAAGGGUCAGGUCUUUAACUAUACCAAUCCCCCUUUCUUCCUUUUCUACAAAUACUUUACGAGUGGUAUUCGUUAGUAAUGGCUCAGCACGGAGCAACUGUCUUAAUAAGAAAAUCCAACUUCGUCCAAGACAACCUUUUUAUAUCUUAACUGUCAUUCGCUCAAGUUGGUAAACUCGAUCUCUUUAAAAUAAAAUCUCUCAUGCGGUGUUGGCAGAUCUAAUCUGAAAAAAGAUCUUACUCGUGUUUCACUUUCAGUUCCGCGUACGAGGGGAAUUUUUUAGUCAUAGUAAGGCUUCGAUAUUCUAAAUCGGGAAUGUGGUUUUGUCUCGAUUAUUAAACCGCACCUAUACUCUGAGGAAGAGGUAUAAACAGGAGCAUGGCAUGAUUACUUGAAGAUAAUGUUCAUUAGUUUAACUUUUUGUAUCAGGAAACGGAGUGAUUGACUUUCCCGAGUUUGUGAAAUUGAUGGAAGAUCAAAAGAAACCAGACGAACGAGAAGCCGACAUGAUGUUGGCGUUCAGAGUGUUCGACGCCGACAACAAGGGGUACAUCGAGUCAGCGGAGUUACGCUACAUUAUACUAAAUAUGGACAAAAGAAUACCACGUGACGAGCUUGACGAGCUUAUAGCAAUUGCUGACUUAGAAAGAGACCGAAAAAUAAGCUAUCAAGGUAGGGGAGCUUAA